GCCCCUUCUCCUACUAUUCCCCCAACAAACUAACAAAAAAUGCAAAAAGAGAAAUUGCCAACACUUCUCCUAGUCCUACUCUACUUUGUGAGCUGAAUACAACACCACCAAUAGUAAGCCAAAACUCUUGUCUUUCUCUAUAUUUCUUCAAAAUUUCAAAGGAUUUCUGCAAUUCUCUUUUUGGGUUUUUGUCUCUUCAAUUUCAGGUGCCAUUUCUGAAGUGAUAGGUGCUGAAAGAAAAAACUGGACUGGAACUUCAGAUAUUAUCUAGGAGGUCGAUUAUAUUUUUUCUGGAUUAAUCAGAAUAGUUUGAGCUUGAGUUUGGGAAAAUUCUGUUAUGGCUACUUGUACGUCAGCUGUAUUUAUGCCUCCUGAUACGCGGCGGUCACGAGGGGUCUUGACUGUUCUUGGUGGUAGAGUUUGCCCCUUGAAAAUUCAAGAUGAGAAGAUUGGAUACUUGGGCGUUAACCAAAAGGAUACCUCAAGUUUGCCUCAAUUCAAAUGUUCAGCCAAUUCCCAGAGUGUCAAUCAGUAUCAAAACAAAGACCCCUUUCUAAAUUUACAUCCCGAAAUUUCUAUGCUCAGAGGCGAAGGUAACAAUACAAUGACUACCUCUAGACAAGAAAGCUCUAGUGGAAAUGUCAGUGAGAGUUUGAUGGAUUCAUCAAGCUCGAACAAUUUUAAUGAGGCCAAAAUCAAGGUGGUUGGUGUAGGAGGUGGUGGAUCAAAUGCAGUUAAUCGCAUGAUUGAAAGCUCUAUGAAGGGUGUAGAGUUUUGGAUUGUGAACACUGAUAUCCAAGCAAUGAGGAUGUCACCUGUAAAUCCUGAGUAUAGACUGCCAAUAGGUCAAGAACUCACAAGGGGACUUGGUGCAGGCGGUAAUCCAGAUAUAGGGAUGAAUGCUGCCAAUGAGAGCAAGCAGGCCAUUGAGGAAGCAGUUUACGGCUCAGACAUGGUUUUUGUGACUGCUGGAAUGGGUGGAGGAACAGGGACUGGUGCGGCUCCUAUAAUUGCAGGAACUGCCAAAUCAAUGGGUAUCUUAACUGUUGGUAUCGUUACAACCCCCUUUUCUUUUGAGGGACGAAGAAGAGCAGUUCAAGCCCAAGAAGGAAUUGCAGCUUUGAGAGAAAAUGUUGAUACUCUGAUUGUCAUUCCAAAUGACAAAUUAUUGACAGCUGUUUCUCCAUCAACCCCAGUAACUGAAGCUUUUAACCUGGCUGAUGAUAUUCUUCGGCAAGGAGUUCGUGGUAUUUCUGAUAUAAUUACGAUUCCUGGGCUAGUAAAUGUGGAUUUUGCUGAUGUGCGUGCUAUUAUGGCAAAUGCUGGGUCUUCUUUAAUGGGAAUAGGAACUGCUACAGGAAAGACCAGAGCGAGAGAUGCAGCAUUGAACGCCAUUCAAUCUCCUCUGCUGGAUAUCGGUAUAGAGAGGGCUACUGGAAUUGUGUGGAAUAUAACUGGUGGUAGUGAUCUAACAUUAUUUGAGGUAAAUGCUGCAGCAGAGGUUAUAUAUGACCUUGUGGAUCCAAGUGCUAACCUCAUUUUUGGGGCGGUGAUAGACCCAUCGAUAAGUGGACAGGUCAGCAUAACGCUGAUUGCCACUGGUUUCAAGCGCCAAGAAGAAAGUGAUAUGAGGCCCCUCCAGGGAAACCAACUAGCACAGGGAGAUGCUUCACUUGGAACUAACAGACGACCUGCGUCCUUUCUGGAAGGUGGUUCAGUGGAAAUUCCUGAGUUCCUCAGGAAAAAAGGGCGAUUGCGCUAUCCAAGAGCUUAAGUUAGUCCUUCAUUUUCCUGCAUGUAUAGUACUUCCCUUUUUCUUCUUGUUCUCCAACAUCUCUAUCUUUCAAAGUGAUACAUAUGCGUUAUACAUACAGGAUCUUGGUUAUGCAUCGAGUCCAUUUCGUUUUUCUUUAUAAUAAUGUAGAAUUGCCUAUACAUGUUAGUUUGCUAGUGAGUGUAAUAAGCUGGAGAUACUAUCAAAGGUAGACAAUUAGGAGCACAAUCAGUCUGGUUUCACCUAUGAUCUGUAAAGUGUUGCUGUAAAGUUGAUAUCCGUUGACGAACUUGUGCACAUAUAUGUGAUUUAGGUUCAGUUUUGAACUUGUUCAUCACCUUA